AUGGCGGCCGAGCAAAAACGCCACAACAGUUCACAUGAUAUCACAGUAGACGGCCCCGCGCCGGAUGCUUGCCCUCCUGCCACCAAUCCAACAAAUGGAAACAGCCAGCCCCAUGAUACUCAGCCUCCUGCAAAUGGAAGCAGCCAACCCGAGGAGGUGAUAGAGAGCUACGAGCUCAUGCUCGACCUGAGCAAGUACAUCCUGCUGCUGGCAACGCUGGUGGCCACGGUGACAUAUGCCGCGGGGUUCAACCCACCGGGGGGCGUCUGGCAGGAGACUGUCGACGCCACGGGCCAAUUCGCAGGCGACUCCAUUAUCCGGACCACCAGCUACCACCGGUACCUGGUGUUCUACUACUGCAACGCCACCGCAUUUGCCUCGUCACUCGUGAUCAUCCUCGCCAUCCUCUUCCUCACCCUCAUGGAAGAGAAAAAGAAGAACCGCGUCACCCUCCUGCCACUGCGGGCGGUCAUGGUUGUGGACCUGCUAAGCGUCAUGGGAGCCUAUGCUGCCGGGACAUGCCGCGACAAGCCCACGACCAUCUUCUCCUCGGUGCUGGUGGUUGCCGUCGUUGCCUACCUUGCUCUUCAGAUGGUGCUAGCCUCGUUGCCAGAAGACAAGCACAGCUACAUCGACGCAGUGCAUGAGAAACGGCUACGAAAGGUCCUGAUGCUGCUCGCGACGUUCGCGGUGAGCGUGACAUACGUUGCCGGGAUGAGCACGCCAGGUGGCUUCUGGGACAACAGUGAGAACGGCCACAGCCCUGGCGACGCGAUCCUCAAGGACAGCCACGGCAAGCGCCUGACAGUGUUCUUGUUCUUCAAUGCCCUGGCGUUCGUGGCGUCCUUGCUCAUCAUUGUGGUGCUUCUGGACAGAAAACCUCGUGUGACUGAGGCAUACUGGUUCAUCGCCGUCGCGCUGAUCAGCCUCAUCGUCUCAUACACCGCAGGCAGCUGCAGGGAGACCGACACCAACUUCUAUGUGGGCAGCCUGGUUAUUGCCGUCCUGGCAUUCAUGGCAUUGCUCCAAGUUGCAGUUAUUCAAGGUACCAUAAAAGCUGCAAGCGAUACCAGGUUCUGGACCAAAAUCAAAAGCUUCCAUCGUUCGGUGUCAGGGAGCUUGGUCGCAGCGGAGCAUGCUCGUUCCCUUGUACUGUUACUAGCCACUCUUGCCGCAACCAUCACUUACCAAGCAGGGCUGGAUCCUCCCGGUGGCUUCUGGCCGGGUAAUCGGGACGGCCACAUGGCUGGUGACCCGAUCCUCCUCACCGUGAACGCUAAGAGGUACAAGGCCUUCUUCUACUGCAACUCUGUCGCCUUCGUAGCCUCCUUGGUGGCCAUCAUCCUGGUCCAAAGCAAGGUUAUGCUCCAGACACACGUGCUCGAGGCAGCCAUGAUACUGGACUUGUUUGGCCUCAUCGGAGCAUAUGCUGCGGGAAGCUCUCGGGACUUGACCACCUCCAUUUAUGCCAUGGCCUUGGCUGGCGCCGUCCUGGUCUAUGUAGUGAUCCAUGUUGUCUUCUUCACACUGAACCAUGCCACCAACCCCACCAAAGAAGAAAUUAAGUCCGUGGAGAAGAGGCGCAAGCGGUUGCUCCUUUUCGCAGUCUUGGCCGCGACCAUCACUUAUCAAGCUGGGUUGACCCCUCCUGGCGGUUUCCGGCUCCAAGAUGAUAGCAGGCACCACGCUGGGGAUCCGGUCCUCCUAUACAACUUUCCCCGGCGUUACACAGCCUUCUUCUACUGCAACACGGUGAGCUUCAUGCUGUCCAUCGCACUGAUCAUACUGCUCGUGAACCCACAUCUAUACAGGCCUGCGAUACGAAGCUAUGCACUCGCUGUUUGCACAGGGGCGGGCAUGUUUGGUCUGAUGGGAGCAUAUGCUGCCGGAAGCACGCAACAUCUGAAAACAUCCAUCUACAUUUUCGUCUUGGUGGUUGUGGUCCUCGUCGUUAUAGCUUUACUGCUCCUGGUAUUCUUGUUGAAGGAAAGGAACAACAUACCUGAAGACACGGCCGGUGAACUGGAGCCCAUUGAGGUAAGCAGUUGUACACCAGGAAAGGAAAAACAUGUCAUGCGCAAAUAUCUGAUGCUGCUAGGAAUCUUGGUGGCAAGCGUCACCUACCAGGCCGGCCUAGAUCCACCAGGCGGAGCUUGGCAGCACAGUGGGAAUGGAUACGACGCGGGCAACCCAAUCAUGCAUGACAACCAGAGGCACCGUUACCUCGCCUUCUUCUACAGCAACUCCACGUCCUUCGUGUCGUCCAUUGUUGUUAUCAUCAUUUUGCUACUGGAGUGGAAGGACGAGAAGAAAUGGUCGCUCAAGGUCAUGAACACGACGAUUGUGCUGGAUUUGCUCGCUCUCCUAGUGGCCUACGCAGCAGGCUCCAGCAGGGGGUGGAAGACGUCUAUGUAUGUCGUUGCACUAGUGACCGCCGUGCUGGUAUAUGUUGCAAUCCAUAUAGUGCUGGCAAUCUCAUGUUGUCAUAGCCCGCAGGAAGAGGAGAGCAGUGUGGAUCCUGCAUAG